UAGAGGAAUGGGACGACUCGUGUUUACGAGCAUAGCAACAUGGCGGUAAAGAUCAGGAAGCUUUUGACGAACUAUAUGUCGCCGUGAAACUUAUUCCACGGAGUCAAAAACUCAUGGCAAGAGCUGGAGGUUCAGUCUUGACUCCUCACUUGCUGAAGAGCAGAACUGGUGAAUUUGAUCUUGAGAGCAUCAGUUUUUUGGAUCUCAGUGGAAUGGGUUUGCGAGACGUCAGCUGUAUAAGUGACUGUAUGGGACUGCUGCACCUGGAUCUUGCCAAAAAUAAUAUUUCUGAUCUGAAGGAUUUGGGUAGGUUUAGAAUUUUACAUGUACAGUGUAUGUAUAGUCAAACCAGAGUUCUAAAAGCAGAUACUCUUGGAGCAUAUGGAGUUGAGGACCUUUCAAAUCUAUCCUCUUUAAAUUUGUCAGGCAACAUGAUAAGAAGUACCAACAGCCUGUCAUGUUUAACAAAACUGGAGAACCUGAAAGUGUUGAGACUUCAUGACUCCAUACAGGGUUUUUCCAAUCCUGUUUGUGUAUCUGAAGAAAAUUACAAGAAAUCUGUUUGUGACCUUUUACCUAAACUCAAGACUCUUGAUGGUGAACGAGUCAGUGGAAAGGGUGCUGACUUGUAUGAGAUAUGUUAUGAACUUGAUGCCCUGCUCACAGAUAAUGAUUUACAAUCUGAACAUGGAGUUGCUCUCAAGACAAUGCCGUGGAACACAGAAAAGCUGCUGUCAUCUAACACUUUAGUACAGGAUAGGAGUGUAGAGGAAGCAGAGAAGGGAUUUAGAGAUGUGAUGUUGCAGUGUAAGAAGAUCAACGAGGAUGCCGAUAAGGCGAUCAAUAAUGCCAAAGAAGCCCUGUGGAACUAGUGACUAUAAUAGUUACUCAGCUAGUUGUUUCGGCCGGCUUAAGGCUUCAGACCGUUGCGUUUCGUUAUUCACUGCUGAAACAAGAACUGCUCACGUUUCUGAAGUGCAACAAGAGCUUUGCUUUGUUUCGGAAGUCGCUUGAGUUUCCCACCGUUGGGUUUGUGUCCUGCACAUUGCAUGACACAACAAAGGCAGUCCCUUUGUUACCCGAAACUGAAGAAAGACGCUGCAGCGAAAUUCUUUUGAGAACUUCAAUCUGUUUUGACGUUGCGUUCACGUGUUGUGAAGAUGUAAAAAUAACCAAGAAAGGCUUCCCCAAAGAGUGGACUUCGUCAUUCAUGUGAAUGUACAGCAUUGGAAUAGACAUGUUAUUCUGUCUACUCGCAAGAUGAACGUCGAAUUUCUCGUUGCUGUUUAUGCUCAGUUCCUGUCAUACUCAAGAAAGUUUAAUCAUUCGUCAGUUCUUUUGUUUUCAGAGGUGAUCAGAUCCUUCGUUUUACAACCUGAGCACUUGAAUUUAAUGGUGAAGAGAACUUGAAAUCGAUCCCAGCUCUUGAUCAAAGGGUUGAGCUGCAUUAAACACUGAUUUCAGCGU